AUGGCGAAGCCUUGGACUGAGCACCGGCAGACAAUCACCAAGCUGUACAUCCAGGAGGGGAGGACGCUCGAGGAUGUACGGGGCAUUAUGAAGACCAAGUACAACUUUGAAGCUUCCAUCCGUUCCUAUCGGCAACACUUUGACGCCUGGGAGAUUGGCAAGUACAACUGCAAGAAACGCCAGCAACGUCGUCGCCAGUCCCUCAAGAGACCCAUCCUCCCGUCUCCUCUGCGUUCUCCCCCAGCUCUCAGCAGUUCCUCAGAGACGUCUGACACUGGAUCCUCUCCAGCUUCGAGCUGCGCUAGCCAGCGUUCUCCAGAGCAGCUCCCCCUUCCGGCUCUCCAGCAGACUCCUCGGUACGCGGCACCUCCAUUCUUUGAGCUACCCGCGCUGCAGUCUUCGACUCUGCCUGAGCCACGCAUCAAGGUCGAGAGCGGCGGAGGAGGGGGAACGGGCUGGAGAGACAUGCCAAUGUAUCCCAGCGCAGCACCGCAUCCUCCCCAGAGCGUGCUGCAAUCGUGCGUACCCUCCCUAAACCCCCAAGAGCCUCUUCCCAGUUGA